AUGUCUGGCGUGUCGGGCGUCCCUGGCUGCAGCGAAGUUUGCGCUGAGCCUUGCUGCAUCACAACUACGACCACCACGGGGACCUUCACUUCCACCGCCACAAGCGUCACCGCGACGGUCACGAGCACGACAGUCACGACCUCCGUGACUGGCACAACGACCUCAGUGACCUCGGUGACCACCACGGUGACCUCAGUGACGGGAACCAACACGACGACCUCCCAGACGAACACUCACACUACAACCUUCACCUCGACCGACACUGUGACCCAGACGGCGACGAGCUACACUGCCACCAUGACCACCAUGCAGACGACUGCAGCCACCACAACACCAAUGACAACAGAAGCUCCGACCACCACGGAGGUCAGAACAACUCCAUUCCCAUGGGACCCUUCCAGCGCAGUCAGGUUGACCGUGCAGGCCACCGUGUCGGUGGAGGAUUCCUUGAACUAUGUCACUGACUCCAGGGUCAGCGCAGCGUACAAGGAGGUGAUGCUGGGCAUCACUGGUCUCUACGAAGACAUGGUGGACAUUCAGAUGAUUGUGGAUGAGCCUGGGAACAUCACCGUGACAUACAUCCUGAACAUACCAAAUGACAAUUCCAGCAUCUCCUUGCAGUCGGUGAAGGACAAAUUGGAUGCCGUCACCGUGCGAGAGUUCAACGUCCUGUUGACCCAGAAGAUGGAGGAGGUCGGAGCCGGCCAAUACACCCAGCAGGUUCUGGCGGUGGAGUCGGAGAAUCCCGACAACAGCGCCGUGAGCUCUGCGGCGCCGCAGCCGCUGAGCGUGUUGAUCUAUGCCGCCCCUGCCUGA